GUCAAACCAAAAUGGCAAAAUGAGAUGAACUGUGAGAUUUACUUUCGGGCCUGGAAGAAUUACUCAAUUUCCCAACUCACAGUCGGGUCAAUAGGCGGAAAACCCUAAACCCGGCGGCUGCCGUCGCCGCGCCUCAGGCUCCCGUGCAAUAUGACAAUGGCUUUGUGAUCGUUCUUGUUCGUCUUCGGUUGGAUUUGGUCGCCGCUCUCGCUACGCCACCGCGAUGUUCACCGCAAGAAGUCUUCAAAGGCACUCUGUCAGAGCCCUCACUCUUCUCAUUUCCGGCAAUCCCACCGCACAGCAUGCAAUGCUACUGAGAGGAUGCAAUUCUCAGCCUGUCAACGGCGGGAAUUUUCAGUCGGCAUUUCAUAUAGUUAAAGAGGCAGCGGAGCCAUUCACGUUGAAUAGAAUGUGGAAUCGCUUUGACGGGGCUCGAGGGAUGUCGGGCAGGAGCAUGAGAAGCAAAGUGGAGGCGCGGCUGAUGAAGGAGUCCGGCAAAACCCUAAGAGAACGUAGAAGAGCUGGUAAACUUCGGAAGAAGUUGAUGACUGAAGAGGAGCGACUUCUUUACAACAUCAGAAGAGCGAAAAAGAAAGUGGCAUUGCUUCUUCAAAAGCUGAAAAAAUAUGAGCUUCCGGAGUUGCCAUCACCAAAGCAUGAUCCUGAGCUUUUGACACCCGAGCAGCUCCAGGCAUACAAGAAAAUUGGUUACAAGAAUAGGAACUAUGUUCCUGUUGGUGUCCGUGGUGUUUUCGGAGGAGUUGUACAAAACAUGCAUCUUCAUUGGAAGUUCCAUGAAACUGUGCAAGUUUGUUGUGAUAAUUACCCCAAAGAAAAAAUUAAGGAGAUGGCGUCCAUGUUAGCACGACUUAGCGGCGGCAUUGUGGUUAACAUUCAUAAUGUGAAAACAAUUAUUAUGUUCCGUGGAAGAAACUACAGGCAACCGAAAAAUCUGAUUCCCAUCAACACACUUACAAAAAGGAAGGCACUAUUCAAAGCUAGAUUUGAGCAAGCUCUAGAUUCUCAGAAACUGAACAUAAAGGAGUAUGAACAGAAACUCCGCAAAAAGGGGGUAAAUCCUGAUGAUCCUGUUGCCAUGGCCAGCAUCCAGCGCGUAGCUUCCACAUUUUUCAAUGCCAUUGACCAGAAAGAAGGAAGUCCGUAUGUUUUCCAAGGAAAUAAAAGCGACCAAGUGCGCUCCAGCAGUGACAUUGGGCGACAUCAAUCUGAUGAAGAAAGUGAUCAGGAGGAGCUUGACCGUUUUAUAGCUGAUAUAGAAAGGGAAGCUGAUAGAGAAUGGGCUGCUGAGGAAGAAGCCGAGAAGGAAGAACUUGGGAGAAUUAGAUAUUUGAAUCAGGGGGAUUUUGGUGGUCAUCGACCUAGAAGUUCGGGAAGCAAUGUAAGUGAUGAUGAAUCAGAUGAUGACAUGGUAGGAGGGACUAGGAGAUGGAAUGAUAAACGUGGCAUGAAGUUUGACCACGAUGUCAGCGAUGGAGAUGACGAGAUUUCUGACAAUGAUGAUACAUGUGAUUCUAAUGAUACUAGAUCAAAUCGUAAUUAUGAUACUCAUAAUAGAGAGUACAGAAGAAGUAAUCAAAGCACGAGAAGCUGGGGAAAUCCUAAUAAUGGCAAGGAUAGGGGUAAUGAAAACUCCAAGGUAUAUGGUAAACCUAAGUUUGAUGGGAAGACGGUAGACGAGUCUGGUUCAGAUGAUAUGUUAAGUGAUCUUGACGAUGCAAUGUGGGAAUCUGACAACACAGACGAAGAGUGCACAAAAGAAUCAAGUACCCCCUUACAUGAUUACAGAACCAAAGGUACUGCGGGUAAAAACAAAAGGAGUGACAGGAAUAUUAUGAAGGCUAAAGAGUCAAGGCAAGAGGAUAAAUGGGACAGUGACUAGCCAAAAGUCUCUGUUUUUGUAACUAGAGCCAUAGGAAUGUGUAUUGAGCAACCUGGUGUGAGGAUUGUCUUGUGCAAAACGAGAGUGGACCACAAAGUGUGGUUAUACCGCUUUAGGAGUUCAUAUCCAUCAGAAAUGCAUGUUUAUGGGUCACUUGUUUAUGUGAUCUGGAGAUGAAUAUUCAUUAUUCGUACAACUGAAUCUCGCGAAGUAUUGUCUUGGAAGGCAGAGGCUGCUACCAAGGCCUUUUUUUCGUGCAGUGCGUUGGUUAUGCAUAGAGAUUUGGGCAAAUUCUAUUUAUUGGUGAUUAUAGCAGGUUGUGAUGUAUUGACACAUUAUUGGGGAAAACAAUGCAUGGAAAAUAUUGUGUAAACUUCCUGGCAGUUUCCUUGGGUUUUCUUUGUAUUG